AUGGUGACGAGCAGCUUCUGGGGCAGUCGCAGCAGGCAUGCAACCAAGAGUAGACGACCGCAUUAUGGUGGCUCGAGCAGCGUGGAACGUCCCAAGAGACGAGUGGAUGCGACAGACGAGCCCAAGAACACCCCCGACGAGGAUGAACUCCGCAAGAGAAGGCUGGCAUACUACGCUGCCACUCCACUCGAACGAAGAAGGAUCAACGAAGCGGCAAAGCCGAAGGCUAAGCCAAGGUCCGCCGCUUCUUUGAAAGGAAAGAGCGCAUCGAUAGGCGAUGCGAGGCACAAGCGCAAGGAGCACGGGAGUAGCUCGACGUCGCGCUCCAGUAAGGCUAGUAGGGAGGAGAGCGAACCGCGCGAUAGGACGGCUGAAUAUGUCUACGGGCCGUCGCCUCCAGAGCUUGAGCGUAUCGACGAGGAAGGUGGUAGUGAAGGGAAUGAAGCCAGCAGAUGUAAACGUCCGAGCGCAAAGCAUCACCACAGCUCCUCGAAGCGUCGCAGCGUCGGCAGCGCCGCCGAUCGUCUCGAUGAGUUGGUAAUGCCGAAUGACAGCAUCUCACAAGUGGGAUCGCAAAGCACUUCACAGCGGCGGCGCAACUCUGCGUAUGCUCGUCCAUCGCUUAAGCGCAGCAGCACAACGUCUGUCAGGGUGGAGAAGGCAAUCGAUAAACGGCUCGAGGAGAUAGCCGAGUCAUAUGAAAGCGGAAAAUCAGCCCCCUCAUCGCGGAAAGCAACCCGACCAGAGCCAACGCUGCUUGGUUCUGUCUUUCGUCGACACUCAACCACAUCCGUCCUGCAAGCUCCUCGCCUGGUGGAGUGCUUGACGUGCGGGUCUGACGAUGUCCCUUCGAACAAGUCUGCCAAAUUGGCUUGCGACCAUCGCAUGUGCCACGAUUGCCUGAAGAGACUGUUCGAACUGUCGGUCAAGGAUCCAGCGCAUAUGCCUCCAAAGUGCUGUACUGACCAGCACAUACCCCUGAAUCACGUUGACAAGCUGUUCGACAUCAAGUUCAAGACCAUGUGGAAUCGCAAGUUUCAGGAAUACCACACAAAGAACCGACUGUACUGCCCAAAGCCUAGAUGCGGCCACUGGAUCAAGCCUUCCCACAUUCACACAUCUCGAGGACGCAAAUUCGCUACCUGUCCGAAGUGUAAGACAGAAGUAUGUGCGCUUUGCAACAACAAGAUGCACAAAUCAAGCGACUGCCCCAAGGAUCCUGAAAUCGCAGAGAUCAUCGAGCAAGCGAAGAAAGAGGGCUGGCAGCGCUGCUACAGCUGCAACGCAAUGGUAGAGAGGAAGGAAGGCUGCAAUCACAUGACGUGUCGAUGCAUGGCCGAGUUCUGCAUUGUGUGUGGAUUGAAGUGGAAGUCAUGCAACUGUCCGUGGUUCAACUACAGCAGCCUGCCAAAUCCAGACCGGCUGAACGAUAUGAGAAUACCCGAGCCGGUGCAGGUCAUGUAUCGGCGGGUCUUUGCGGCGGCAGGUGAGCCCUUACCACCUCGUCCACCUCGUGAUCGACCCCGGAAUGGGCCAUUGCCAGAGGUGACAUAUCAGCGCGAGAUGGAUGAACGACGGCGACAAGAGCGUCUCGACGCUGACUUGGCUCGUCGACUGCAGCUGGCAUCUUUGAUGGAGCCCGAGGAUGAGCUUCGCCCGCGCCGACGCGGUGAACAGGAAGCAUGGGGUCUGGGUAAUGCUGCUCGACACUUUCUGAACGACGACUUUGUUCAGAAUGCCGCGAAUGUAGUGAUGAAUGCUUUCGGGGAUGCCAACAUGGGGCGGAGAGGCGAACGAGCCUCUGGACGAAGACGACCACCGAGAUCAGGAGGUCAAAACGAUGGCGAGCCCGGCCUUCCGAACGACUUCCUCGGUGAUGCGAGCGUCCUCGGUGUCGGACCUUCUACACGCUUGCCACGAAGUGCAGAGCGUCCGGCGGAACGACCUGUGUAUUACGAAUGA